AUGAAGAAGUCAUCGUUCGCAGCAGUUGUCUUCGUUUUGGCAACCUCAGCCAACGCCACGGCCGUCUACCUCGGUUCCCGCAUAGGGUAUGACGGCUCCGAAUCCAACAUCGGCUGGACCAACAACACCACAAGCAUCUGCAUGCAAUUCGUCGAGAUCGACAAGGGCAACGCCAGCCCCUGCAAUAUCAACUUCUACGUCGACGACCACGACGGGCCCUACCAAUUCAGGGGCUGCGGGUCUGGCGUACAGCUGUACAAGGACGGCGUCUUUAGUAGCGGCUGUACGUCCGAGAAGCGCGGGAUCUCGUGCCGGGACUCGGAUAUCACGCAGAAGAACCUUUGCGACAAGAUAAGCGAUGAUGUCUAG